AUGGCUUUUGUGUCCCAACGGGGAUGCGGAAGUAAUCGGUACAAAGGUCGAGGUAGAGGCCACAACUUCAACUCUCGAGGCCGGGGUUUUCCUGAGACAACCCAAGGUGGCAGAUCAGGGGGCUAUCAAUCUACUCCGCCGCCUGGGGCUGAUCGUGCAACCUUGACUUCCUCUACCAGCAACAAUCCUUGGACUUGUCAAAUUUGUAAAAAGCGAGGCCAUGAUGCUCUGCGAUGCUUGUUUCGUUUCGAUAACAACUAUCAAAGUGACGACAUUCCCCGUGGUCUUGCUGCUCUCCAUAUCACUGAUGUGCAUGAUGAUGAAUGGCAUCCCGACACUGGUGCCAAUGCUCAUAUCACAGAUAAGCCAGGUAACCUUACUAACUUGGUUCCAUAUUCUGAAUCUGAUAGUGUGAUGGUAGGAAAUGGAACUUCCCUACCGAUUACUCAUGUGGGUACUGGCUCUUUUGGUAAUGUACUUUUGAUUAAGGCGAAUCCCGCAUACGCGAAGUAUAGGGAUAAACCAUUUCCUGCUUAUAACAGUAUUGCCUUCUUGUGUGGAUCAACUGUGGCGACCGGCCACUACGGGAUGUUGUCAGAAACAAUGCAACCACCUACUGUUGUUAGUUCAUCGUCGUCUUCACCUAGUGAGGCAGGCACCGGCGGUAAUGAAACCGGCGGGCAGUGCAGAUCUUCGCCUUCUCCUACCCCACCUCUCGGCCAACCGGCUGUUGGAGGUUAUGCUAGUGGAUCUGGACAUAGCUCGGCAGGUAAACGACCUAGGUCCCCACCACCCUCUGCACAGACACGCAAACAAUGUACUUCCUCUGCCAGGAGAAAGAAGAAGAGUGACCUUGGAGCAGAGGCAUUGGUUGAGAUGGUAGAGAUCGGAAAACAAAAGCUCGAGAUUGCACGAGAAAUGAUAAAUAUAGCGAAGGCUAGUCAAUCGACAAUCUCACUAAUUGACGUUUGUAUGAGCAGAGUUUUUAAUCUAGUGAGCAGAACGGAUAUACGUGCCAUUGCGGCUGGGAUGUCAUUGCGGGCUGAGUCGGAUAGACAACUUUUUAUGACGCUGAAUGAUGAGCUUGCACUUGUGUGGAUUGACCUCCAAAUAGAGGGUACUAGCACUUUCGCAUGUCAACAACAAAUUUUACGGCACUUUGCGAUGUGCUGCUUGCUCGAGGUUUGAUACGAGCAACACGACGUAUGACAGCCGAUGAGCAGUUAGCAAUAUUUCUAUUUUGUGUCGGUCAUGGCGUGGGAAAUAGAGUGUUGGCAGAAACAUUUCAGCAUUCGGGAGAGACAAUUAGUCGACACUUCAACAAUGUACUAUGCGCGCUUGUAACGUUGAAGGACGAAUACAUGAAUUUGCCGCCAAGUAAUGUGGCGACGCAUCCAAGAAUUCGGGACAAUAUAAAUUUUCAUCCAUUUAAGAAUGCAAUUGGAGCGAUAGACGGAACACACAUUCCUGUGUGUGUCGAAAAGAGUGAGCAACCGCGUUUUCGCUGCCGCAAGGGAUUUACGUCACAAAAUAUGAUGGCUGCUAUAUCAUUCGACCACAUUUUCUUCUUCAUUUGCACUGGUUGGGAAGGAUCGGCUGCAGAUAUGCGUGUUCUUCGAUGGGCGUGCGAUACGGGGGGUUUUACAAUUCCUGAAGGUAAAUAUUAUUUGGUGGAUUCGGGGUACGCAAAUACUGACCAAUUUCUAGCACCUUACCGGGGUGAGCGGUAUCAUCUCAGCCAAUUUGACACUUCUACGCGGGCUCGCACGCAUCAAAAUCCUCGAGAUUUAUAUAAUCAUCGGCAUGCGCAAUUGAGAAAUGUGGUAGAGAAGAGUUUUGGUAUUUUAAAGAAGCGGUUUAAGAUUUUAACUCAAGCAACUCCAUUUCCCAUUAAAGUUCAAUACUUGAUACCUAUGGCAUGUUGUGUGCUGUAUAAUUUUAUUCGUCGACAACAAGGAAAUGAUAGAUAUUUUGUAGAACAACUAGAGUAAGAAGCCCCUGAGGGCGUUGUUGGCGAUCCAGAGCCUAUUCCAGGUGGAGGUGAUGGUACGACACGAGGGGAGUCCUUGCAGCGCUCUAUUACCGACCAAUUGUGGAAUAAUCGAUCCUGAAGAAUCCUGCUUUGAUUUGGUUGUAGGACUACAUAUUAAUACCAAGUGUAAUAAUUUUAUGUAAUGUGUUUUAGUAUUAUCAUGUUAAUUUUGAAUAUUUACUAUGUGCUAUGUUAUAAUUUGAAAUUUGCGCCAGUUGCAUAU